GAAAACAAGCUGGGAAGAAAUGAAUUUUAUCCUGGUUCCUCGUUCUCCUCAGCAGAUGAACAACUGCAGCAUCAGCACAGAUUUCUGCUACUCGAGUUAAUGGAGUGCCACUACCAGCCACGGGUUGUCAUCCUCUGAGUAAAGCACUCCCAGAAGAGGAUUGCUGAUGGGCACUGGUGAGAAACAUGGACUGAGGACUUGCUUGUUGGCUGGAAUGGCAAGUAAUUGGAUAGAUGUAUAUUCCAGAUGUAAGAGAAAUCUACUUGAAAUGUGUGCAGCCUUUUUGAUCUCCAGGCUCCUAGUCUGGGCAAACAGAUGGAGUGUUUCUACCUGGGCUAUUAUUUUCUUUUCCUCCUCUCCCCUUUGAGCUAAGCCAUGCUCCCUGUGCAAGCCAAGAGGGAUGGACUUUUAACCCUACACACACCAUCGUGUGGCUGAGCAGAUCACAGAAAGUUCUCCGGACUCUUCAGUCCCAAUGGACAGCUCUCAUGGACCCCAAAGCAUGGCUGCACACCUGCCUCAUUUCCCUGCACUGCCUGAAUACAUUCCAGCCUCUGCCCAGCUGGUGAUGGCCACAGGACCUCAGCCUGAAGAGGGAAAGACCGAAAUACUGCUUUCAGCAAGUGAAACACUGAAGAUGAGAGCCCACCAAGUCGUCUUCCAUCAGAAAGACAAAACCAUCAGCUGUUUUCAGACAAAAGCGAGUACAGCACAUAUUGCCAGCGGCUGGCUUGUCUGCAUGACCUUCUCCAGCAGCCCCAAGCCAGCUCUGCCCGUGUUCCCUGACCAGGUGUGCUGUAGCUGUGGCCAAAAGCUGUGCACCCAGAACCUGUCCCAUCCUCCUAAACGUGAAUUCCAGAAUCCAUGCUCUCAGUCUGCUAGCUCCUGUCACGAUGGAUUGUUAGCACAUCAUCACAGGGCAUUGGACAGCCAAAUCUGUGGGGGGUGGAAAGAGGACUACAGGGCUCUCUCCUACCACUUGGUGACUCUGAGUGAAGGGACAGAGGCAGCUGGAGAGGGAGGCAGAAGCUGUACUUCAGGAGAUUGCUUAUGGAGACAUUUUUUUCCUUAUGUGUUGGCAGGUCAACGAUUGAGAAUGUGUGGCUUGUCUCCACCAUUGAUAUUCUGAAUCAGAGAAUGACAUUUCCCUCUUAACAAUUCCUCAUUGUCAAGGCAAAUCCGUUCCUCCUCCCCAAAACAACCUGUAGUAUUGUUCUCCUGUUACCAUGAUAAAUUAUGCAUGUGAGACAUGUUGAAUCAUGACAAUGCUCCUAUAUACAGUUGUUCCUUGUGCUGAAGAAAUUUGUCUUUUGUCAUGUACGGCUUUUUUAUGGUCCUAUUUAUUAUGGGACCGAUGUUAGGGUCUUGAUGAAAUUGCAAAGAAGUGGGAAGUAUCCUAGCUGCUCUGAGAAUUUAAGCACAGACAUCUGGAAUAUUCUGAGGAGCUUGGAUCAGUUUAUGGUUGAUCAGCAACCUAUGUAUAAGCAAUGCUUUGUGUCUGCAUGCACACUUCACAGAACCAUAGAACAGUUUGUGUUGGAAGAAACCUUAACUGCUUCCACCCCACUCUACAAUGGGCAGGUCACCUUCUACUACAUCAGGUUCCUCCAAGUCGUGUCCAGAUAAAUAACACAGAGAAUAGAAAUUUCAGUUCCCCUGAAGUUGCUAGAUAGAGCUUAAAGACCAGCUAACAACAAAGGACAAAAGAAUGUAAAAGUGUGCGCACAGGAUGAUAAAUGUAGCUGGAUCCAGUAGAUAAAGAGAUAAUGAGGAAUAUAUUGGCUUUUUGGGCAAAGUUAUGUAGAAACAAGCAACAGCGCAUGUCCUAAGAGAAGUUCAAGGAAACUUGAAUAUUGGAGGCUCUUGGUGAAUACAACCACCAAAGGCCCCUUCAGACAACUCUCUAGGAACAUUAAAGGACUU